AACGUUCUUUCUACGAUAGAAAACGAUGAACAUUUUACGUAGAGAUAUUACGCGAAGGGAUUCGAGUUUUGAAAUCAUGCGCGAUCUACGAUAUAUACGAUUUGUAUGCACGCGCCUGCGUGCACAUAGAUACACAUACGCACAUAGUUACAUAUACAAUCAUACUACGUCGUUUAGGAGAGCUACGAUAAUCUGGCAAUUACACAACGCUCUCUCGAAGCCACAAUCGUUGCCAUGUAAUGGAGGCGAGGAACACCGAUGUGUUCCGGCAUUACGAAUGGGAGUACCGAAAGCUAUUGUAUUUCGCAAGGAGAGUUCCGUCCGUCCUCGCUCGAUAGCGAAACGCGGCUGUCGUUUCGUGCUGGUCAAAGCUGUAUACGCGUCUCGAUCGCGUGUUUACGCGUUCACCAUGUCGGUGCGUUAUCGAUCCGAACGGGAUUACGCUUCGUCGGCUAAUGUCAACCAUCGGAAUUCUAAGCUUAUUCGUAUUUACGAGCCCUGUGCUAUCGCUUCGUUUUUAUUACACGUUCUUGCUAACGGCGAUAAAACAAAAACAACAAAACGCUUUAUGAAUUAUGUUAUAAGUUCUGCGAAUUGUUUUAAUUAAAAAAAAAAAAAAAAAAAAAAGAAAGAAAAAGCACAAAAAAAAAAUAAGAAGAAGGUAAUAUUAAGUAGGGUAAAACGUAUAGAAUAAUAAUAUCUUAUUGGAUCUUUUUCUCUUACUUUCUUAAUUAGCAUACGAUCUUCCGAUGUAGGAAUUCUGAAGGAUAAAUACUUUCACGUGAACGUUAUAUGCGAUCGUCUCGAUCAUUCGUUGAAACUCUCUAACGUGGAAAUAAAAUUUAUAGAGAGAAAAAAUAAGAAAAAAGAAAAAGAAAACAAAAGAAAAAAAAAA